UGAACGUUCGUGAAAGUUCUGGACGAACGCGCGCAUGGUAAUCCGAUUCUAACCUUCUAACCUCGUCGGAGCGAGCGAGAAGAGAGAAAGAGAGAGAAGACGUUCUUUGAACUCGAUUCGUUUCACGAUGUCUGCGAUUGGACUUCCUCUCACUAUAGAGUUCGGAGGUGGAGCAGAGUUGCUAUUUGAUGGGAAGAAGCGGCACGAGGUGGACUUACCCGGUGAGGAAUGGACGCUGAAACGAUUGCUAAGCUGGCUGCGGGAUAACCUCUUGACGGAACGGCCCGAGCUCUUCAUGCAGGGAGACACGGUGAGACCGGGCAUCUUGGUUCUGGUUAACGACGCCGACUGGGAAUUACUGGGUGAAGGCGAUUAUAAACUAUGCCCGCGGGACAAAGUGCUCUUCAUCUCGACGCUGCACGGAGGAUAGAAGGUACGAAUUUCCAAUACUGAAAAUCUAGAAUAAGUCAUCUGAAUAUUGUAAACUUUUUUUUCAUGUACAUGAAAUAUUUUAUACUUUAAACCGCUG